CCCCGAGUGCUCUGCCGCCGCCCAGCGCUCGCCGCCGCUCCGCGCUGCUGCCCGCUGCGCUCUCCCCGCUGCCCCAGGGAGCGCCGGCGGUGCUGCCGGAGCGCAGGCGGCACACACGGCCGGCUCCGCCCGAGGCGGCGUGAAGCGGACCGCGGGUCCGGACAGCCGAGGCGCGGUUCGUUCCGGGGCGCACCCAGCUUCUGCGGAUCAGGAGUUGGACCACGGCACCUUCCCUUCCUCCCAGCCCUGCCUCCUUCUGCAGAACGGAUCUGGACAGAACUUUGUUUUGCCUUUUACUCUGCGGGGAGAGCAGCAGACGAUGAGGAGGAAAUAAUGAAUGUCAAAGGAAAACUGGUUCUGUCAAUGCUGGUUAUCUCAACUGUAAUUGUUGUGUUUUGGGAAUAUAUCAACAGCCCAGAAGGCUCUUUCUUGUGGAUAUAUCACUCAAAAAGCCCAGAGCCUGGUGACAGCGGCAGUCAGCAGGGCUGGUGGUUUCCGAGGUGGUUUAACAACAGGACCCACGAUUACCGAGAGGAAGAAGACAAAAACAAAGAGAAGGAAGACGAAGAAGAGCUUCAGCUGUCGGACUGGUUUAAUCCACAGAAGCGGCCAGAGGUGCUGACAGUGACUGGAUGGAAGGCGCCAAUUGUGUGGGAAGGCACUUACGACAGAGCCAUCUUAGAAAAUUACUAUGGCAAACAGAAAAUUACCGUGGGUUUGACAGUGUUUGCUAUCGGAAGAUACAUUGAGCAUUACUUGGAGGAGUUCUUAACAUCUGCUAAUAGGCACUUCAUGAUUGGCCACAGAGUCAUAUUUUACAUCAUGAUGGAUGAUGUCUCCAGGCUGCCUUUGAUAGAGCUGGGUCCUCUGCGUUCCUUCAAAGUGUUUGAGGUCAGGCCUGAGAAGAGGUGGCAGGACAUCAGCAUGAUGCGCAUGAAGACCAUCGCGGAGCACAUUGUGGCCCACAUCCAGCACGAGGUCGACUUCCUCUUUUGUAUGGACGUGGACCAGGUCUUCCAAGACACCUUUGGGGUGGAGACCCUUGGCCAGUCAGUGGCUCAGCUACAGGCCUGGUUUUAUAAGGCGGAUCCUGAUGAGUUUACUUAUGAGAGGCGGAUGGAGUCCUCAGCAUUCAUUCCGUAUGGCCAAGGGGAUUUUUAUUACCACGCAGCCAUUUUUGGAGGAACGCCCAUUCAGGUCCUGAACAUCACUCAGGAGUGCUUCAAGGGAAUCCUCCAGGACAAGAAAAACGACAUAGAAGCCAAGUGGCAUGAUGAAAGCCACCUCAACAAGUAUUUCCUUCGUAACAAACCAACUAAAAUCUUAUCCCCGGAGUAUUGCUGGGAUUAUCAUAUAGGCCUGCCUGCAGAUAUUAAGACCGUCAAGAUCUCUUGGCAGACAAAAGAGUAUAAUUUGGUUAGAAAUAAUAUCUGACUUUCUAUUGUGCCAGUAGAUUCCUGAAUUGGGGAGAGUAUUCUGGCUACUUCCUCAGAAAAGUAACGCAAUUUUAACUUUAAAAAAUACUAACAAAAACACCAACCCAGCAAGUACAUACUAUUCCUCCUUGUAACUUUGAGCUUUGUAUUAUGGGAGAAUCAGGUGUAAAUUCUGAAUGAUUUCUUACCUAUUCUGGGUUUGGGAGAAAUACUACCAGUUGAAUAAAAAAAUUGUCAUAGGCAAAGAAAAAGCCAGAAACAUUCUACACGUACCAAAUAACGUGCGGUAGAAAAGGGUGCUGAACCUAGAGCAACACAGGUUCCUUUGCAGCAGGAGAGUUCGACGGGCAGACACCAUCUACUUGGCGAUCCUCACAUGGUUUCAUAGCAGGUGGCUUCAGGCCAUUUGUAGUGCUUUCCUUUUCUCAGGAUAUUUGGCUUCUGUGGAAAAGAGUGGUUGAGAUUCCCAGUGGAUAGAUAUCACGGUGGUGAAUGUUUGGAGUCACAGAGAAUCCAAAGAAAGUGAAAACAGCCUCAAAGUGAGUUUGCUAUGAAAUAGCAAAGACAGGGUGGAAAGAGAGGGAGGCUGAUUACGGUUGGGCAAUGCCGCCUCAGAGGAGCAUAGGACCUGGGUUGGCACUUAAAUACAGCAUGGCACUGGACGGGAGGGACAGUGUGGGUGGUCUACAGCCUCCUCUGUCCCAUGACAACUACAGCAGAGGGGACUUGCAUAGAAGAGGCUUCUCGUUUUGCACAGGUCAUAUUCGGUAUGCCAGAUUCUGCAACUUGAACCUUCAGAUUCUUGGCCAGAAGACAAGCUGGUGUCAGAGAAGACAGACCCACAGUGGACUGAAGAGGCUUGCAAGGAGUUACAUUUUCCCAGACUUGGGCUUCAUGACAAGCAGUCUCCGCAAGUCCUGCUGCCACUUGCCCUAACCUUCAGGGUCCCUCAGCCAGUCAUGCCCUACUUGGAGGCCUAACAUCAGGAGUGGAUUGGAAGAGAAGCCCUCCCAUCAAGUAACCUCAUUUUCCCCUGCGCCACUGAGGUGUAACAACAACUAGACACAUUUAAUUAAAUGGUUAAUUGAUUUUAUAUCAAAAGCAGAGGGGAUGGUAACAAGAGACCUAUUCCUCAUGACUGAACAGCUUACCAUUCAAUUCCCUUCUCUAAGAGAAGUUAUGAAAUCCUACAUAUUAUUUAAAGUAAUGCAAUUCAAUGUAAAGGAAGUUAGGAAGCAAUAUUUACAUAUUUAUAAUUUUCUUGUGUUCCAGUUUAAGUCAUUUGUUUCCAUUUUUAAGCAGUUUAUUUAAAGAACCAUUGCAUUGGCUUGAUGCGCAGCACAAAGGCUUCUCUGAGCAAAGAAAACCUAUUUUGUCUGCCAUUGCACUGUGCCUCUUACUCUUCGCUUCUUGCCAAAAAAAUAUCACACUCAACAAAACAAAACAAAACAAAACCAACCAAAAAUCCAGAAGUGGACUUUGUUAAAGGGAAAGGAAAUCACACGUCACUUAGGACCUGUUUCUCUUUAGCUCAAGUUUUCUGGAAUACAUUCUGGAGUAGGAAAAAUUAAUGGUUUAAAUCCUGAACCAAAGAAAUGAUCUAUCCUGAAUGAUUAAAUAGAUGAUGUUUACGUUUGAA